CGCAUGACUGCGCGAGGGAUGUUGCAUGCCAGCAGGGUUAUGGGUUGGGAUUUCGGAUUUGGCGCUUGAAGCCGCACUAGGGAAAAUCGAAGAAGCCAUUUGUAGGAAGAGCAAAGAGACGCCAAUUGGGUGCAGAGGAAGAGUGUGGGGAGUAGGCUUGGAGCAGAGAAAUGAAGGUGCAAGAAUUGGAGGAUUUUUUAGAGGUGCAUGGAGCAUUGCUGGCAUCGGCGGGGCUGCCGCCGUCACUGCACGAGAAGCUGUUCGACAAGCUGUCGGCCGAUGUGUUCGACGGCGGCAACUUCUUUGAGAUUGAGCCGGUUGAAAGCGGCAGGCAGCGUCGCUUGGUUUUUUCGAGCCAGAGGUUGCCUAAACUCGGAGAUGUGUUUUUGAUCGAUCAUGCCUGGUCAUUCCGUCUUACUCAAGCUCGCUCUCAGCUUGAGCAAAUACCAGGAUUGGUUGAGAGGAUGGCUGCCCUCAUGUGCGUGGCAGACGAUGUUGAGGAGAUUGACAACGUUGAAUUAGAAGGAACAAGUGAUAUUGAAUCAGUAAUUUUACACAUUGCGGCAGAAACAGAAGGGAGGGGCGAGAAAACUUACUGGCUGGAACUCGAUGAUGGGAACGUUACUGAUGAAGUUCUUCAUAAACUAAAUCUUUCUGCCAAGUUCCCGGAUUUAAUAGGACUUAGUAUGUGGAACAAUCCGCUGGAGUCGGUGGAGGAAGUGAUGAAUACCGUGGCAGGUCUCAGCAAGUUACGUGCUCUCUGGCUUAACGAGUGCCCUGUUGCCUCAAACAAAAAUGACGAGCUUCAAGACGCUUUGGGAAGAAUGUUACCACAUCUUGAGAUUUACAACAGGAAGCUCACGAACAAGUAUGGUUUGUGGGCAGUGGGUUUCUGUGCCGGCGUAUUUAGUGCAAAUCAUCCUGGCCACCUUUUCGCGGAAGAUCAGGCGCUCGAGGACGUUACAUCACUUGAUCUGUCCGAGCGGGAUAUGCAAACUUUCUCUCCACAUGUUUUCAAUCCGGAAAAGUUACCGAAUUUAACUUCAUUGAACCUGAGAGGGAAUCCGUUCGCCAACGAAUCUGCGGAGAGCCUGCUUGCAACAAUUCAAACUCUUAAAUCUCUGAAGUCUCUACAGGUGGAUAUUCCAGGACCUUUAGGAAAUGCUUCUUCUAUUGCAGAAGCUUUACCAUUCGUCUUAGAACUGAAUGGACGUUCUCGAGACAAGUUUCUGGGCGAAGAGAAUAACGAUACAAUGAGCAAUCUCGAACCGCGAUUGCCUAUGUUUUCAAAAGAGGAACCUCUUAUAGAGCGGGUCAUGAGUGCAAUGUGGCAAUAUAUCAAUACAUACAGGCUGGCAGACGAAGAGAAGUUAGAUGAAACACCUAUCUGGUAUGUGAUGGAUGAACUGGGUUCCGCACUUCGUCACAGUGAUGUACCCAAUUUCCAGGUUGCACCCUUCAUGUACUUGCCCGACGGCACAAUUCAGUCUGCUAUCAGUUAUUCGCUGCUUUGGCCUGUUCAGGACGUUUCAAGUGGAGACGAGUGCACUCGUGAUUAUUUAUUUGGUAUUGGAGAAGAUCGGCAGCGUUCCUCCCGUUUGGCAGCCUGGUUUCACAUUCCUUCUGAAGUAUUCCCACAGGCUUAUGAUUCGCACAUGAGUGCGCUGAAACAGCCCAUUGUAAGAGAGCCAAUCGCCUACAAUGAUCCUCCGACAUCAAGUAUUUUUCCUCAAGACGGAGCAUUUCUAUCUGUAUUCAGUGAUAUUCCAGGAAUCUCAGACUUUUUGACCCAUCCUAAAUUUAAGCUAGUUGAAGAACCCAAGGAAGCGGACAUUGUCUGGACGCAUAUGCAAAUAGAUGAUGAGUUUCGGAAAGCAGCUGGUCUUCAACCUCAACAAUAUGUCAAUCAGUUUCCAUCAGAAGAAUGUAUCGUUAUGAAGCACAAUCUGGCUGAGACAAUGCAAAAGGCCUAUGGCACACCAUCUUGGUUACAACCAACUUACAACAUGGAUCUUCAACUAGCUGCUCUUUUCGGUGACUUCUUACAACGGGAAGAAAACAAACAGAACAAUCUGUGGAUUGUGAAGCCUUGGAAUAUGGCUCGAACCAUUGACACGUCUAUCGUGGGCAGCUUGCCUGCACUUGCGAGGUUGGUAGAAACUGGGCCCAAAAUAGGUCAAAAGUAUAUUGAGCAGCCUGCUUUAUACAAAGGACGGAAGUUUGACCUACGCUAUAUCGUUUUAUUAAGGAGUCUGCAGCCUCUUGAAAUCUUUGUGUGCGACGUAUUUUGGGGCCGUUUCUCAAACAAUCAGUACACGUUAGAAACAAACAGUUUAGCAGAGUAUGAAACCCAUUUCACUGUGAUGAACUAUGGGCGGACAAUGAAUCACCUCGACACUCACUCAUGGGUUCCUGAAUUUGAAAAGGAGCAUAAUGUGAAAUGGCAAGACAUACACAGGAGAGUGAGAGAGGUCCUUCGGGCAGUUUUCGAAGGUGCAGCUGCUGUUCAUCCAGAAAUGAAGUCACCCACAUCUCGUGCCAUUUAUGGAGUUGACAUUAUGCUGGAUGCGUCGUUUCAGCCUAAGCUGCUUGAGGUGACAUAUUGCCCUGAUUGCGGACGAGCUGCCAAGUAUGAUGUCCGGAACGUGCUUGGAGACGGUGAACUUAUGAAAGGCUCCGAGUUCUACAACAACGUAUUCUCUUGCUUGUUCCUGAAUGAACUCAAAAAUAUCAGCCCUCUUUAAGAGAAUGUGGCAGUGAGCUGGUUUCGUAGGCGUUGACGUGCUUAUCAUGCAGCUACAUAAGAUCAACGCACCAUUUUGCAUCUAGUUGAACUUAUAGUGACCAUAUGACUGUUGAGUGGGUGUCAUGACAAACUCCCUGGGAAUCCUAAUCCUGUCUUUUUUCGUGUGAAAAUAAGAUCUAUUGAUAGUCAAUCA